AUGGGCGUGCCAACACCCCUGUGCUUUGUCCUCAUUGGUUCACAGAAGCCUGUGUUUGUGAUUCGGCUGUCCUUCCAGCUCCUGCUCCUCGUGGACAGCACACACAUGGCCAGCACUCCUGUCCCUGUGCUCACAAAGUCACGCCGUCUACCCAUGAGCACACAGUACGGACGUACCCGGCUGCCUCUGCCGCCCCCACGUUCUCUCCACUUUCGGGCUGAUGGCGCUUCCUCCCCAACACCCGCCUCUGCCUGCCCGCGGUCAGCUGUGAAUGGACGGGGUGUAAGCCCAGGGCUGACUCUGAAGCAGGAAACUUCAGAAGACACAGACACUCAGGGAGAGGCCAGGCCUGGACAGCUACAGGAAUCUCUGCAGGUGCUGGGACUUCCACGCCUCUGUGAGAGCAACGAUGCCAUGGAGGGGCCUGGGAGCGCCCCUCUAGGGUCCAGCACCAGUGAGAAGCCUGGCGGAGCUCGGGGCCAGCGGAGCUCUGAGCCUGGGAGGCGGAAAGGACGGCCUUACCCGUGUGGCACGUGCCGCCGAAGCUUCACGUGUUCCUCGGAUGCGGCGAAGCACCAGAGCGUCCACUGUGGCCAGAAGCCAUAUUCGUGCAGCGACUGCGGGAAGGCCUUCAUCCACAGCUCACACGUGGUCCGGCACCAGCGGAUACACAAUGGGGAGCGGCCCUACGUCUGCCAGGAGUGUGGGAAAGCCUUCAGCCAGAGCUUCAACCUCAUCCGCCACCAGAGGACCCACACGGGGGAGAAACCCUACUGCUGUGUGGAGUGUGGUAAGACCUUUGUCCAGCGGUCAGACGCCGCCAAGCACCAGCGGAUUCACACUGGUGAGAGACUGUACGAGUGCCACGAGUGUGGGAAAGCCUUCAUCCACAGCUCCAACGUCGUCCGGCACCAGAGGACCCAUCACGGGGAAAACCCCUACCAGUGUCAGGAGUGCGGCCAGGCCUUCAGCCAGAGCUCCAACCUCAUCCAGCACCAGCGCGUACACAGCGGCGAGCGGCCCUACGCCUGCGCAGAGUGCGGCCGCGCCUUCAGCCGCAGCUCCUUCCUCCGAGAGCACCGGCGCAUCCACACCGGGGAGAAGCCCUUCGAGUGCGCCGUCUGUGGCCGCGCCUUCCGCGCCCUCUCGGGCUUCUUCCGUCACCAGCGCGUCCACAGCGGUGAGAGGCCGUUCCGCUGCACUGAAUGCAGUCGAGCCUUCGCCCUGAGCUCGCACCUGAUCCAGCACCAGCGGGUGCACAGCCCGGAGUGA